CUUGCAGUAAGUUCUCAGUGGCUUAAACUUUUAGCUCAUUCACAGUUAAUCCAGUGAACCGGAUUGACGUUCACCAGUUCACUAGUUUCCUAGUUACGCGCAUGUGUUGCUGUUUACUGUUAUUAUAUUAAUAAAUGUUCAGCUAAAUCUGUUUUUAUUUUUGUUUGCGUGUGGCUUGAAUAAUCUAUCGCUUACGGAUUAAUGGGUGUCCAGGCCAUAAACAAGCAUCGCUAUUCAACAAUCAUUUCAAACAAAGAGUGGGAGCAAGAAGAAAGUGAGAGUUUAGCAUUGCCUUUUGUAAUUGUUGAAGGUGAUUAUCGAAGGCCUUGGUGAUCUUGGAAUAAGCAACAAUGGUCGUAGACACCGGAACAGUGAGACUAGUUAUAUUUAUUGGAAUGUUCCUAGUAUUCGCUGGGGAUUAUACUAGUCUAAUAAAUUCUGUUUUUGGCAAUGGAAUGGAACGUGCUAACUCGACUAUAAGGUUGCAAACCUCGAGCUCUAACACCGAACGUGAUUCGUUGAUUACUGACGGUAAAAAAUUAAAUGAUGACAAUGGAAUGUCACGAAAAGAACAAAUAAUGACGACAAUAAAAACCGCAUGUCUGCCAAAACUUAUUUGCGAGUUAACUUCAUCGUCGCAUCAAGUACAAUUAAGUGAGAUGGAAAAAUCACUCCUUAAUUUAAUCAGAGAUACAAGUUUAUCAACAAUGGCGGAAGUUGCUUCAAGGUAUCACUUUGCCGCACAUAUGGGUCAACUUAUUGCCGGUAUCGAAGGUCAAGGCUGCCACAACUUUUAUCCUACGUGCCCGUUACCUCGUUCCAGUGUUCUCAGUAUGAUGAAAAAAAUCCGUCUACGUUAACAAUUGAUUAUUAAUUUAUUCGCCUAUCAACCUGCCUAUCUACCCUAACAAGGACACUA